AGGAGAAAAUGGGUUUAGAUUAUAAAUGAAGAGGUAUAUAUAGUGGUUUUAGUCGUAAAUUUAUUAAGAUAUAAGGGUAAAAUAGGUAUAGCAUGUCAAUUUCAUUAAUUGGAAGCUGGAAGCUCCCGCAAAAGCUCCAAAUUCCUUACUUCUCAAUUUUCAAAAGGUGAAAGCUAACUUUUGCUUCCCGGGAGCUGAAGCUCACCUCAAAAGCUAGGGUGUUUGGUGCAGCUGGACCUUUUGGACUUCAAAAGGUCUUCCGACCAGCUGCACCAAACACCCACUUAAAAUGUUAGACAGCCUUUUUCGGUGACGUUAAGGGGGUUGAGAAACUGGUGAAGAUAAUGUCCGAAGAAGAAAUCUUGUCCCGAGAUGAAAGUGGUCGCACAGCUCUUGCCUAUGCUGCCUACUUUGGAAGAACGGCCAUUGCAAAAUGCUUAACUACAGAGAACAAUAAUUUGCUCACAACCCCAGACACAGAAGGAAUGAUUCCUGUGGUGCGUGCAUGCGUCCAACGCUACAAGAAAACAACAGUCUAUCUAUACUUUGAGACUCUAGAAUUCCUAGCUCCGGACGAAGGCGAGCAUGGUUCCUUACUGCUCCAUUUUUGUAUGCUUAGUGAAAUGCUUGAUAUUGCUUUGGAUCUACUGCGCCAAUAUCCGCGUUUGGCAUUCACCAGAUUCAAAUACAAUAAUCGGGUGUUGACUCCGAUUCUAACAUUGUCUGCUCAAGCUGCUCUGUUCCCUAGUGGAACCCGGCUUUCACUUCUGCAGCAAUGGAUUUAUAAUGUUAUAUCCGUUGACCGGGCACGCACACUCUCUACUGAUGUUCGUAUUUCUAUUACUUCAAUGAACCAAAAGGAACAGAAUGCCAUCAGAAGACAAGGAAUCGAAGACAUAUGCGAACGUAAGUUGAUCCAUGCAAAUGCCUUGGAAAUUCUGUCUUUGACAGCCAGUGAAUUAUCAAAAUUGAAUGCAGAAGAAAUGGUUGAGAGUAGAGUCGUCCCAGCUUUGUUCCAAUCUAUCCAGCAUGGCAUAACAGAGUUUAUGAUAAUUGGAGAAGCUAAUCCUGAUGUAUUGUCAUCCGCCAUUGAUGGAAAGACAAAGUUCCUAGAAACUUACGCAAUCGAAUGUCGUCAAGAGAAGUAUUUUCAUGAGCUUGGCGCUAGAGAGGGAAAAAUUUUGACUACAUGGACAGAUAAUGAUGGCAACAAUGCGCUUCACGUAGCAGCAAAGUUAAGUCCAGAGUCUUAUCUUGCUCAAUUUUCAGGUGCAGCCCUUCAAAUGCAAAAGGAAUUACAAUGGUUCAAGGAAUUUGAGUCCAAAUUUCCAGAGUGUAAAAGCUGGGUGAAUCACAAUGGAGAAACUCCUCGGCAAAUGUUUACCAGGGAACACAUGAAAUUGUUAAAAGAAGCUGAAGCAUGGAUGAAGAAAAUAGCAAAUUCUUACAUUAUAGUUGGUACCCUCAUCAUCACUAUUAUGUUUGCUGCAGCCUUCACCAUUCCCGGUGGUAACAAUGGAAAUGGCUAUCCCAUGUUCUCACAUAAAAGAUUAUUUUUGACAUAUAUAAUGUCAGAUGCAAUUUCUCUGUCCGCUGCAUCUACUUCAGUGCUGACGUUUUUAGGAAUCCUCACAUAUCCCUACACUGAAAAAGAUUUUCUUUGGUUGAGUGUCGGCAUUCUCACGCUCCUUAUUUCUGUUGCAACAAUGAUGGUAGCUUUUUGUGCUGCUGUUUCUAUAAUGCUACCGGAUCGAUGGUGGGUAAUCUCCUCGCUAGUUUUGCUCGCCAGCAUUCCGGUCGUUGUCUUUUGGUCAUUGCAAUCUCAAAUUCUUAUUGAGAUUUUUUAUUCAAUUUAUGGGCCGGGAAACUUUAACAGGGAGAGAUCCUUCAUAAGAAAAAGGAUGUCACCCAUAAUGGGGAUAUUUAGAAGCAAACCUACGAAGGGUGGGGAGUAGUUAGUUAAACUACUUUUGUAUCUUAUAUUGAUCAUAUGAUUUGGCUUUAUAUGUAUCGCAGCUGCAAUUAUUUUUUUUU